GUAAACGAUAAACGAAAUGGCGACUGUGAGGCUACUUACCGUGAGCGCUGCUUUCCACCGUCACGGCGGAGCAUCGUCGCUUCCGCUGCCAUCGAGGCUACUCCGCUUCUCCAAUAGAGUUAUCCGAGCAUUCUCCUCCGCCACGUCUCCACCUUCCAAGGCUGUGGUGUACGACGAGCAGGGCGAUCCCGACGCCGUGUGCAAAAUCAGAGAACUGCCGCCGGUUCCGAUAAAGGAUGAAGAUGUCUGUGUCAGGAUGCUCGCCUUCCCCAUCAACCCCUCCGACAUCAAUCGAAUCCAAGGAGUGUAUCCGGUGAGGCCAGCUGUUCCUGCUGUAGGAGGAUAUGAAGGGGUAGGAGAGGUACAUUCUAUAGGUUCUGCGGUGGAGGAACUUCGUCCAGGAGACUGGGUAAUCCCUUCUCCGCCUUUUUCAGGUACAUGGCAGACGUUUGUUGUCAACAAGCAGAAUGUCUGGCACAAGAUCGAUAAACGUACUCCUAUGGAGUAUGCUGCUACUAUAACUGUGAAUCCUUUGACUGCCCUGAGAAUGCUCGAGGACUUUGUGGAUCUGAAAUCAGGGGACGCUGUUGUUCAGAAUGGGGCUACAAGCAUCGUGGGACAGUGUGUCAUUCAGCUUGCACGGCUUCGAGGCAUUCGAUCUAUUAACAUCAUUCGUGACAGGCCAGGAUCUGGUGAAGUAAAAGAGAAACUCAAAAAACUUGGUGCUGAUGAAGUGUUCACUGAGAGUCAGCUGGCAGUCAAAAGUGUCAAAGAUCUUCUGGCUGAUAUACCAGAACCGGCAUUAGGUUUUAACUGUGUUGGUGGAAAUGCUGCUUCUCUUGUUCUUAAAUUCUUGAAACAAGGUGGAAUAAUGGUCACGUAUGGAGGAAUGUCAAAGAAACCAAUAACCGUCCCCACAGGACCUUUGAUUUUUAAGGAUUUAUCCUUAACAGGAUUCUGGUUACAGAAAUGGAUGGGUUCUGAUAAAUCAAAAGAGUGCAGGGAGAUGGUAGAUUACCUUCUAAGCCUGACCUUCAGCGGUGAACUGAAAUACAACUUGGAGCUGACACCUUUCGAUCAAUUUCCUACUGCUCUGGACAAGGCCCUUGGAAAGCUAGGAAGCCAACCCAAACAAGUGAUCAAGUUCUAGUUCAGUUUCGAUUAUUUGUGAUCUGCUUUCAGUGAGUAGAAUGUGUUGAAACAUAAGGCUGGCUGGCCGGCCAAUGAAUGAGUCUAUGGACUUGAAUUUCUAAAAAUAAAUAGAUUUGAGUACUCCCAAACAAAGGUUAAACUAAUUCGAAGAUUGUAAUGUUUCUUUGCUCAAAAUAUAAUCCAUGGCUUCUUCAA